AGGUUCAUUAUUGGAAUUAAAAAAUAUCACAGAACAAUUUGAACUUUUUGAGGAAUAUAUUGUACUGAUGUUCAACAUAAGAAUGGUUCCUGUUGUGUACCUGCUGAUCAUACUAGUGGUGGUACAGGGUGUCCUUCCAGCCAGUGUACAAGACCCUUUCACAGAUCACCUAUAUAAACGUGGCUUACAAAAAAGGGAUGCUAAACACUGCCAAUGUACUGGACUGUACUCCUGCAUUAUUGACAGGGUCCAUUGUUUCUGCGUCUAUAACGCAAGAGAGUGUCGAGAUAUCAAACGCUUUGGCAGAGGUGGACUUUAUCCCGGAUAACAAGACAUUUCAUUAAUGACUCCAUUAAACAGAGGAAUUUGGCUAUUCAAUAUGGUAAACAGACGAUGCAUUAAAAACUUUUAGAUAUCUCUGGCCAUCUCUGUUACAAAAUCCUCUAAAAAUGUUAACA